AUGUCGACCACACUUGCAGCGCACAGAGGAUACAAGGCCGAGUACCCUGAGAACACCAUCAGGGCAUUUCAGACAGCUGUAGAGGCUGGUUGUGAUGUUAUUGAGACCGACCUACACAUAAGUGCCGAUGAUCAUAUUAUUAUUGCCCACGAUAUUGACACAUCUAGAGUUUUUGGAGAAUCUUACGACGUUACCAAAACCAACUAUGUGGGAACACUUGACCAAUUGCUCACACUGAGAGAGCCUAGAUCUAAAAUGCCACUCUUCAGAGAUGUCCUACUCUGGUGCAUUGAAACUAAUGAGCAACAUAAGGACCGUAACAUCAAAUUAAUGCUUGACAUCAAGGGAGAUAAUGACCCUGUCCAGCUGUACAAUUUGAUGUGGGAAUUACUUCAUGACCUGAAAGGCAUUGAUUUUUGGAAAAAUAAGCUUAUCUUUGGCCUCUGGUCACCCCAAUUUUAUAUACCAGAAAAAUUGAAUGGUUUCAAAGUUAUCAACAUUUCAUUUGACUUCCAUAGCGCCAAAGCCUUUUAUGAGAAAGUGGUGGACUUGCACUCUGGAGCUACAAUACAUGGCAUCUCUAUGAUAAAAUUUAUAUUGUACAGAGAGAAAGAUCUCAAUGAUAUGAUGGACUGGUUGCAUGAGAACAACCUCAAAUUAUGGCUGUGGACAAUCAAUAACAACUUAGAGCUCAAACAAGCAAUUGAAAAAACAGUAAAAAAUAAAGAGAUUCUGUUAGAUGGGAUCGUUACAGAUGACCCAAUUAAGGUGUACGAGCGUUUCCCUGAAAAUAAAAUUUCAUGGAACUACAAUUUCAAACUGUGGUUGCAAAAUUCUCUAUUUGGCAUACUCUUGUUCCUUUAUAGAAGAAAUUUUAACCUUAAACCAGCUUUUAAUAUGCUGAAAAGGUUGGGGCUAAUAUGA